GAUUACCAAUGCACGUCAUUUCACCUGCCUCUUCUGAAACUUGUAAUCUUAACACGCAUCAUAUUGUUUGUUCAGCACGCAGCAGCUAAGUUUUCAGAGUAUAUAUAGAAGCUAGCAGAGACGAAGCUAGCAGGCGUACGUUAAUUUUCAUCAGCCGCGCGCUGUAGUAGAACAGCAUGUGGCGGCUGAAGAUCGGCGAGGGCGGGCCGUGGCUCAAGAGCGGCAACGGGCACAUUGGAAGGGAGACGUGGGAGUUCGACGAGGAUUUCGGAUCGGAAGCAGACAGGGAGGCCGUCGACUCCGCGCGGGAGGAGUUCAGCAAGAACCGGCUCCGGAUGCGACACAGCUCCGAUCUCUUGGCCCGCAUGCAGAUAGCGAAGGAGAACGGUUUCAGCCUCGACCUGCACAAGACGAGAGACGACGACGGGCGGUCUCCUCUGCUGGUGGCGACGACAGGCUCCAGCACGGUGUCGGAGACGCUGCGAAAGGCGCUGGACUACUUCGCGGCGAUACAGGCGCACGACGGGCACUGGCCAGGAGACUUCCCAGGGCCGCUGUUCACCACAGCAACCAUGAUCACGGUUCUGUACGUGACGGGGUCGUUGGACAGCACGCUGUCGUCGGAGCACCGCAGGGAGAUCUGCCGCUACCUGCACAACCGCCAGAACGCGGACGGGGGGUGGGGGCUGCACGCGGAAGGCGAAAGCUCCAUGCUCAGCACAGCUCUCAACUACACCGCUCUCAGGCUGCUCGGCGAGGGCGGAGACGGCGGCGGCGGGCCCGGCAUGUCGUCGUCGUCCAUGCUUAUUAGAGCGAGGAAGUGGAUACGUGAUCGUGGUGGCGCCACCAUGAUACCCAUCCUUGGGAAAGUGUGGCUCUCGGUGCUUGGAGUUUUCGAAUGGUCAGGCGUAAACCCCAUCCCACCAGAACUGUUUCUUUUCCCAUCCUGGGUUCCUAUUCAACCAGGACGGCUGUGGAGCCACUUCAGGAUGGCGUUCAUUCCCAUGUCCUAUUUGUACGGCAAGAAAUUUGUCGGGCCCAUCACCAGAUUGGUCGUGUCGCUACGGGAAGAGCUGCAUGUCCACCCCUACGAAAAGAUUGACUGGAAGGCAGCUCGUAAUUCAUGUGCCAAGGAAGAUGUGUAUAGUCCACAUACGUGGCUGCAGGAGUGUCUAUCUCACUGCCUUUACAGCUUCGGCGAACCUUUUCUCACCCGUUGGCCAAUUUCCUACAUGAGAAAGAAAGCCCUACAGCAAGUCGCUGAAUUCUUGAAAUACGAAGACGAGAAUUCUCAAUACAUCUGCAUUGGUGCUGCACAGAAGGCACUGUCCAUGUUGUGCUGCUGGAUCGAAAAAUCCAACUCAGAUGCGUUCAAGCGACAUUUGGCCAGAGUCGCUGAUUUCCUAUGGAUCGGUGAAGAUGGCAUGAAAGUGCGGGUCUGUGCUGGUCAGCUAUGGGAUGUUGCUUUCGCAGUCCAAGCAAUACUAGCAUGUAACAUCGCAGAAGAAUACAGAGGCACCCUCAAGAAAGCGCACGAUUUCAUAAAGGCCUCCCAGAUCAUGGACAAUCCUUCUGGUGACUUCAGCAGAAAGUACCGCCACAUAUCUAAGGGAGGGUGGGGCUUCCAGGUUGCAGAUCAGGGGUGGCAGGUUUCAGAUUGCACAGCAGAAGCUCUCAAGGUUUUGUUAAUGCUGUCCAGAUUUUCAUCAGACAUUGGAAGCGAUCAGAUGGAAACAUGCCGCCUAUAUGAUGCAGUGAAUGUGUUGUUAUCCUUACAGAACCCAAACGGUGGCUAUGGAACUUGGGAGCUAGCUCGCACAUAUCCAUGGAUAGAGAUUUUCAACAUGACAGAGAUAUACGCAGACAUCAUGGUGGAGCAUCAGUACGUCGAGUGUACCUCAUCAGUCAUGCAAGCAUUAGUAUUGUUUCGGGAGAAGGACCCUUGGCAUCGAAAAGAUGAAAUAGACCAAUGCAUUAGGGGAGCUACUGAAUUCAUCGAGAAGUUGCAGAAUGAUGAUGGCUCAUGGUUUGGAUCUUGGGGUAUUUGUUUCACAUAUGGCACAUGGUUUGCUAUUGAGGGUCUAUCAGCUGUUGGGCAGAGUUAUGGUAACAGCACUUGUAUCCAGAAGGCCUGCAAGUUUCUCUUAGCAAAGCAGCUAAAGAAUGGUGGAUGGGGUGAGAGUCAUCUUUCAUCUACAACCAAGGCAUACACAAAUCUGGAUAAGGAGAAGUCACACAUAGUGAACACUGCGUGGGCAAUGUUGGCGCUCAUGAAAGCUGGACAGUUCCAGGCGGAAAGAGAUCCCACUCCACUUCACAAAGCUGCACGGCUUAUCAUGAGUAUGCAGCUCAGCAAUGGCGACUUCCCACAGGAGGAAAUGAUCGGAAGUUUCUUGAAAAAUGGCCCCUUGUGUUACAUGGCUUAUCGCAACAUAUUUCCUAUAUGGGCGCUUGGAGAGUAUCAGAAAUUAGUCCUCCAGUGUGACCUCCAAUGGCCAACCUUCUAGCCCAAAAGCAAGAUACAGUUCCAUCUGCUGGCAGUGCUACUUUGCAUAAUUUGGUAGCUGUGGUGCCAUCUUGAUUUGUCGAAAAGAAUUGGAAGGUUUCAUAUGACUUCAAGUAAAACAGAAGUGCGAAUAGUACAGCGUAAUCAUGGUGGUGUGAAUAUCUGAAGUUAGAACAAAGAUCUACACCCAUAAUUUGUUGCAUUAUUUUUGACACCCACGUUCUUCAGGUCUUAUGUACAGGAGUGUAAAGCCCAAAAUUGGUAGAAAAAGAAAUGAAUAAUAAAAUAAAUAGAUAUAUUUAUGAUAGUA